AGAUGGCGACAUUUAGAGCAAAGCAGUAAGCCUUCUCUCAGAAACUGUACUUCACUUAUAGACGAAAUGUAGUACGAGAGUUAUGGUGUCUGCUGCAUACUGAUCGAGAACACGAGGCUUAUAUCUGAAGUUUAUUGGAAUUUGCAGACAAUUCUACCUGUUUAUUUAAAAAAUUUUACAAGACUUGAAAAACAGAUGCUUUGAACUUUAACUAGUCACGUUCUUCAUGAUGCCAGGAAUGGAUAUGGUCAGAUGUUACACGACUGCACUGUGAUGAGCGAGAAUCUAUAUAAGAAACAAAAGGCUCUUGGGGUACUCCCAAAAACUGACAGCGAAGAUGACGAAAGUAGAUUUCGACUUUUAAGGGAGAAUAUGUUGAAACUCCUUCACACAUCUGAUCCAGAGAAAAGUGACUCAACGGACGAUGACUCUACGGUAAAGUCCCUGCCCGGAAAAGGCGGAACGCGGAAGAAACAGUUUGAGAAACGAAAGAACAUGAGCGCUAAGUCCGUAGCUAAUCGAGGUAAAAUUUCGGUGGGUAAAAAACUUCUUAAGAAAGAAAAAAAACAACCAGAAAGUUUAACCAGUAAUCGAGUAAAAUCCAACGUCAAGACUCCUUGUACUACAGAUCCUAUUAUGAGAAGCAAAUCACUAACAACUUCUAAAUCUGAAAUGCGAAAACGUCCAACUGAAAACGAAAGGGUUGCUGUGUGUGACCGAAGUUAUAAAAUAAAACACACCACUCGUCGAGCAGACAGGAAAUUUUGUUUGAGUGAAGAAACACCCUGUGAUGUUGAAACAAUGGUUUCUAAAGUUGCGAAAGCAGAAAGUGAAUCAACUAAAGGAGAAUUCCCCGUAUCUUUCAACUCUCUCUCUACAAUCUUGCAUUCUCCGGAUCUACGUAGACCUUCAUCACCUUGGCAACUAAAUUGUUCUACAAAGACUAAGUUGACAACGAAAUCAUGCAUUCAAAGAAGCAAGAAACGAGCGACCUCUGUGGAAUCAGGCCACACUAACCAAACAAAAGUGGUAAAUUCAGUUCUCAGGAAAAUGGAAAGUGCUGACUCAGUUCCUCGUCUUCGUAACAGCAAAAGCAAAACAGGCGCUCUGUUCAGAACCGCUAAGGACUUUGGGGGUUAUAGACAAGACAGUCAGACUUCGUCGGGUAGUAAUUUCUCAACUUCAUCUAGUAACCGAUCAUUAAGAAAUAUCCAGUCGAGAUCUUUUGUUUCUUCCCAUGGUCACCAAGAUCGUUUCAAGCAGAAAGUACAACGCCAACCGCCUGAAUCUUCAAUCAGACUUACAGAUUUCAAGUCUGGUUCCAUAGAAACAUCGAAAUUGAAGAAAAACAAAAAUGGAUCUUCCACCAGUUCUUCAAAACUUAUCAACAAGACAUCAUACAGUCUUCCACCUAUAUUUAGCCAGUCAGAUUGCGAAACGUCGUGGAUGACGUCAGUACUUAUACAUGAGCCUUCCACUGAUUUACCCAGUGGUGAUCAAAAUGAAGAUGAAAAAGUUGAGAAAAAACAAAACGCUAAUUUUAAAAAUAUAGAAGCAGAAUAUGAUCAGUGCGAAAAUAAAUUAGAAACAGAAGAAGAAAAGUUUCACGAUAAUUGUAAAACGUCCUCCAGAAAUCCUACUGUCAUUGUUACAAGCUCACAAGUGGAUACAAACCAGCAAAAAUCCAAAUGGGAUAAUUUAGGAUCGCCUGAACCUUCCAAUGAAAAUGAAGAUAUCAUGUCGUCACUGCUGCCUGACCUAUCAAAUCAUGCUAAAGAAUGUUGGGCGGUGCAUCAGAAAUUACGUCAGGAAGGUUUACAAAUACCUCUAAGUACUUUACAGAGGGGUUUACUGACACCAACGGAAUUGCGGGAACUACAACAAACCAGAGAGAUUCACACCACGUAACAGUCCAUCCAUAUUAAAUAUUUUUUAACGUUAUUUCUGAAAGCGAAAUAAAAUCUCUAAGUACCAAAACGUAGAUUCUAGUUGUGUAUUCCUUACAUACUGGGAUAAUAUUCAAUAGUGUUAAUAAAUGUUUUGUACUUAUGAUAGAGAA